GCCGGUUGCUACGGACAUUAUUUGAUUCCAAACGCUAGUCGAGUCAAGUUCGCAAACGUUCAGCUACGUUUAACCAAGUUCUACAUUCAAGUGAGAAAAAGCAGUGAUAAAAGCAAAAUGUCUCUCUUGCCAUUCUUGUUCGGUGAUUACGAGUAUCCGGUUUGCCGACCAUCGAGAAUUCUGGACCAGCAUUUCGGUCUGGGAUUGGGCCAUGACGAUCUUUUCCAGCCCUUAAACCUGAACAACCGAGUGCUUACCAGAACCCCAGCUGGUUAUCUGAGAAACUGGCGUUCCGGCGCUGGCAGCCAGGACAGCGGCUCAACUGUAAGUCUGGACAAGGACAAGUUCCAGGCAAACUUGGACGUGCAACAGUUCAAACCGGAAGAAAUCAGCGUUAAAGUCACCGGUGAAAAUGUCCUGACCAUCGAGGGCAAGCAUGAAGAGAAAGAAGACCAGCAUGGAUACAUUUCCAGGCACUUUGUGCGAAGGUACGUGUUGCCGAAGAAUUGCGACGUUAGCAAAGUGGAGUCCAAGCUGUCUUCCGAUGGGGUGUUGACUGUCACAGCCCCAACUAUUGAGAAGAUGGAGGUUGAGCACAAGAGCAUUCCGAUCACCCAAACUGGAGAGCCGGCCAAGCAGCAACAGGCUGUCGAACAGAAGUAAACCAUUCGGGUGUACUUUUCCCAUACAUUUAUCACAUUUCGUGUUAUUUACAAAAGUAUUCGUUCAAAUGUUCCAAAUACCAGCUUAAAUGAUACAUGUUUCUUGUAGGCAUUUAGUUUUGUGAUUUUGUAUCAGACUAGGUAUAGUUGUUCCUUAAGUUUUGUAUUACUUCUUUUGGAGAUGGUGCACUUUAUAUCUGGCGGAUUUCGGCAUUCUUUUUCAUAUAUAUAUAAAUAAUCUUUAUUUCCUACAGAAAAAGGCUAUCGACCCAAUCGGUCUUUCUGCCCCAUUCUUUUUCAUUUUCCCUUAAAGUGCAUUUAAAAUAAAGCACAUUCAGCAAAAAAAAAUGAAGAGAACUGCUUAGUCCGCCAGAUGCCUAUGUAGUGCACAUUCGCCACUUUUUUUUAUUAAUAAACAUAUUAAACCUUUAAAAA